CUGGCAAAGUCGUAAAGUACCAACGAGUCCAUAUCGCACAUCUCGUUCAUAUGAAUGCCUUGUUAUCCCACCCAGCCGACCUACAAAACGGCCCAUGCGACCACAUUGGUGACCUACUAAUGAUAGCAGAUACUUUUGCUAUUCCAAGGGCUGAGCAUCCAUUGCUUCUAAUCCUCUGCAUACUAACAAAAUGACGAAGAACUUUACAGGCAGAAGGGAGGGAAAUUCACAAGUUCGCAAGAUAUAUAAGUCGCACCAUCAUCAGCAUCAUCAUGGGAUUCAUACAUUCACGUCCCACGCAUUCUUACCUUUAUGUCGUCUCCAAUUCCGAACUUUCGCGAUCUUUACAUUGGCAAGACCAUGUAUGCAACACGUAGUGCUCAGCUCUACUCCCAUCAGUCCUUGAGUGGACACGCCUCUACUGGUGAUGGCGAUUCAGAUAACGAUGGCAAGCUUUCGACAUACUCCGAUGACGAUCAUGGAGACGAGGAACAAUAUGGAGAGGGCGGGGGAAUAGGAUCCCAAGAAUUUGACGUGUUCUCAGAAGAUGAGGAAUCAGACGAUGAGCCACUGCACACUGUGCUUGCUGUAGAUCAUUGCAGAUUAGUACGAUCAAGGAGACAGUCGAGCGAGCAAUCAAGCCCAUACUUCGCUUUCCAGGUUGGUGUUGCAGAAGUCGAAACCCGCAGCAUUCGAAUCGGCUCACUAAGGCAAGGAGGGGAAGAGAAGUGCUCGUGCGGAAUGGAGCCUUGCUUCCACAUAGCCAGACUCAAGUCUGCAAUGGGCAUAGCAGCCGAUGAUGAUUGUUUUGAAUGCCUGGAUGAACGUGGUAUGUCCAAUGUAUGCGACGAACUUGGGUGGAAUUACUCAGACGAACCAUACCUUUUUCCCGCACCACAAUGGACGCUCAAGAAUGAGAGAAUAAGGACAAGCACGACAUCACGCGGAAGAGAAUAUGACGUCAGAGAUAUGUUAUCAUUCUUUCACCCACAAGCCGUGGCGGACGAAUACCGAGAUAUCUUUGACUUUGCUGUACACAGCAACGAGGUCCUUGUGCCUUACAACCUUGAAGCGACUUUGUCCAGAUUGCUGACCCAAGAUGAUGUUAUUUUUCAUCGAUUUGAACAUCACAUCCCCAGAGAACGCCGUGAUAUCAUGUAUCUACACAAGAUGGAAGACAAGUUCAACGAAUCACUUCGGCAAUUGGAUGAAUAUUCAGCUUCUGGCAGUCUUUCAAACUGGAACGCGAUGACCCCAUCCGACAACGUUGCUUUUGAACAUAACGUACCAUGGUGUGCCCAAAGUCUCAUUCGAAUUAGUGAUUCAAUGAGUGAUAACUUGAGAUGGCGAGUCGGUAUGAGUGUACAUAAUCAAUUGCAAGCAGCUGCAACCCUGAUUCGAAUGCUGGAAGCUGUUCGUUCGCGCAAUGUCGAUGUAUAUGCGAAUCAUUCUUUUCGCCGCAACAGACCCCAUGGAGAGCAAUUGACCAAUCGAAAUCUUUACCUGAAUUUACUUGGUCCACAAUCCGAGAAUAUUCCAGGUAGAAGCAAUUUCAUUCUUGACGCCCUAGAAACCUUGCCUGGGAAUGUCGUUGCCGCCGGUGAUUUUAUGGAUCGUUUAGAUCGUCUCUGCGCCGAUUUUAGCAGUGUCGGUUUUGUUUCCCCAAGGCGACUAUAUGUGAAUAGGCUAGACCAGCUGGUGUCAAAGCUUAGAGCAAAUUAUGGACUUCCUUUAAUGUCGGUUUCGUCAUCCAUGCCAGCUACAGAGACCCUUUCUACGGACCUCGAGUCUUCCUACUCCCUUGGGUCAAGUUCUUAUGCCGUUGCCGGUCCGUCUCUCAGAGGUCCAAGCUCUUUGUCACGUACUAGACGAGGUUCUUCGACUCGUUCAGCAUUAGGAAAGCGAUCCGGCAGGUCUGGUAGUUCUACUGAUCGACGUGGAAAGCGCGCCAUGAGGUAAAGCUUGCCAGAUAAGACUGGUUUGCUGAAGGUGGUGGAGAGCGUAAUCUUCUUGUUUGUUCUAUUCUUAUCUUUUUGUACAUCAUCUCUUGGUCAGGUACCAUCAGAUUAAUUUUCUACUUACUGAUAUUUGUCACUGUAUUUUGGGAAAUGUUUAAAUAUUGUUUUAUACCAGGUACCAUUUGGCGUAUCAUGUUUGGAAGAUAUUCUUACUACACUAGAACGGGGCAUGGUAGAAGUCCUGAAAUGUGCUAUCGAUAUGCUUCAGAUUGUUUUAGCCCGCCCUAUGGUAGCGUUAUAAGGAAUAUACUUUAUCGUCCCAUCAAGAAUGUCUCAAGAAUUCAAGCAUUGAAUUAUCCUGAUUUAUCAUA